AUGUACGAUUUUGCCCACUGUCUCUCCGAUGCCAUAGAAGGUAUUACCCACUCUCUUUGUACCUUAGAGUUUGAAGUGCAUCGACCACUAUACGAUUGGUUUCUUGAACACCUUGCUAUUCCACAGCCACGACCACAGCAAAUAGAAUUUGCACCCCUCAACAUAAGCCAUACGCUACUUAGUAAGAGAAAAUUGAAAUAUCUUAUUGAAAAAAACAUUAUCGAUGGCUGGGACGAUCCACGAAUUGCAACUAUUGCUGCACUGAGAAGACGUGGAUAUACACCUACAUCCAUACGUAAUUUUUGCAAAAGCAUAGGAGUUACAAAAGUAGUAAGCAGCAUAGAUAGGUCUCGAUUGGAGGAAAUGCUUAGACAAGACCUCAAUGCAAGUGCAGAUCGAGUUAUGGUAGUGCUAGAUCCAAUACUCCUAAAAAUAGUAAAUUACCCCGAAGGAAAGGAAGAAGAGUUUAUUGUUUCAAAUAAUCCCGAGCAAGAAGACUCUCCCGCCCACUGCGUUAGAUUUUCUCGAAAUCUUUAUAUUGAGCGUGAUGAUUUCCUAGAGCAUGCACCAAAGAAUUUUUUUCGCUUAAGCGUAGGGAGAGAGGUUCGAUUAAAACAUGCGUACUACAUUACAUGUACUAAUAUCAUUAAGGAUGUAGAAGGAAAUAUAGUAGAAAUACAUGCAGAGUACGAUCCGUGCUCAUACAAAGGACAGAGCCCAGAUGGAAGAAAAGUAAAGGGAACAUUGCAUUGGGUUUCGGUAGAGCAUGCAGUGGAUGUGGCUAUUGAUGCAUACGAAGAACUGUUUGAACAUAAAAACCCCGAGCAGAUAGAGAUAGAGGAGUUACUCGAUGCUGUGAACCCUAAUUCGUACCAGCCCAUAAGAGGCGCGAAGGCCGAGUCGUUUAUUCUAGAGCUGCUGCAUAGGAAGGCUGUUCAAUUUCUUAGAAAGGGGUAUUACAUAUAUGACGAAACAGCAAGCAAGCAAAGUAAGCAACCUCAUUUUAUUCACACUGUUUCGCUUAAAGAGGGGUGGAAACCCAAAUAG